CACAUCACUAAUACGAAGGGUUCUUCGAUACUCCACCGACCCAUUCGGCCGGAUUAUUAUUUUCGAUCUCCAAAAAAACCUAUCUUUUCACCAUCUCCCCCUUUCUCUUUCAUGUUUCCCUAUUGUUUUUCUUACAAUCACUAAACCCUAAUUAUCCUUCUUACUUCUUCUGGUGGUUUCUUUUUAGAGAUCUGAGUAAUAUAUUUGGUGGGUAUUCAUUAAGCCAAGAAAAAGAUUCUGAAUUUGGUGAGGAAUUUGUAUAUAUGUCCGUCAAUCAAUCAAGAAACGAGCCGCCACACCACAGAAGACCGGGUCGAUCUGGCAACCCGAAUUCUCCCAGGAACUUUUCCGGUGGUGGUGGCGGAAGGGGUGGCGGCGGUGGCGGUAGUGCCACCGGUGCUCCGUCGUCUGGGUUUUAUUCGGGUAAAAGCUUCAAGAAAGUGGUUAGUAAUGCACAAGGAGCACAGACUAGGGUGACUGGUGUUAACCCGAAUGCGAAUGUGGGUUCGGGUGCCCCUUCGAAUUCCUCGACUGGCGGUCGAGGUCCACUGAAUGGCGGGCAUGCUCAACCACCAGUAAGAGGAACACCUGAUGCAUCAUCUAUUGGUGCUACUGUAAAGCCGGCUGAUGCGCCGGUUCAGAAAAACACACCGGGUCUGCCAAAGGCUCCACAGAGUAAUGCGGUGCCUCCCAGUUCUGGCGCUACGGGUCCUUCUACUCCUGUUAAGGGUCCGGCUGACGCUUCUAAGGGGUUUCCUCUUCAAUUUGGGUCAAUUAGUCCCGGUGUUAUGAAUGGAAUGCAGGUACCUGCGCGUACCAGUUCCGCACCACCAAAUCUGGAUGAGCAGAAACGGGCUCAGGCUCAUCGUGAUUCCUUAAAGGCUGUUUCAAAACAACACUUGCCUAGAAAAGAUCCUGGGCCUGUUGAUCAGCCCGGUGAGGCCCAUCAUAUCUCAAAAGAGAAGAAAGACGUGCUUUCUACUCCUCCCGGGCCCGUUGCAGCCCUUGCUUCGAAACCUAGCGGUCCUCCUAUGCCCUCUAUCCCCAUGCAAAUGCCAUUUCACCAGCCUCAAAUUCAUCUUCCAUUCGGUAGCCCAAAUCCAACACUGCAAUCCCAAAACAUAUCCGGUAAUACGAUGCCACUCCCCAUGCAUUUACCGGUCGGUAAUCCACCACCACAAGUGCCGCCACAAGUGUUUGUUUCGGGUAUUCAACAUCAUCAGGGAAUGAUUCAUCAGAAUCAAGGCAUGACUUUCUCGUCUCCGAUGGGUCCUCAGCUCGGAAACAUGGGGGGCAUGGGGAUGGGGUUAGGACCGCAAUACCAACAACAGCCCGUCGGCAAUUUAAAUUUUGGCAGUGCCGCACGAAGGACCGUAAAGAUAACUCACCCAGACACUCACGAGGAGCUGCGGCUCGAUAAACGGACGGAUGCGUAUCCUAAUGGUGGGUCUUCAGGUCAACGGUCACAACCAUUCCCGCCUGCUGGUCAUCCCAUGAACUAUUAUCCUAAUUCUUACAAUCCCAAUCCCCUUUUCCCCCUGCCACCUGGUUCUAGCCCGUUGACUGGUUCACAGACGACUCCUGGUUCUCAGCCACCAAGGUUUUAUCAUCAGGCUUCUAAACAGGUGACGGUAAAACAACCGGUAUUUAGUUCGCCUGCAGAAAAGGUUGCUGACUCGAAGGACAAAAAUCAAAGAGCAAGUGGAGAAGGUCAACCUCGUAAAGAUUCAGAGACGAUCGCUGGAAGCUCGUUACCGCAGUCUGAGAAUUUGACCGAUACUUCUGCUUCUUCUGCUGUUGAGGCUGAAGUUCCAAAAAAAGAAACGGUUAAUAAGUCUGUUAAAGAGGAACAGAAGAUCGGUGAGCAGUCAUCCUUCGUUUCAAAUGAUAGCAAAGUUCAGGAAACAUCAAAGCUGUCGACUGUUUCUUCGGAAAUCACCAAGGAUGUAUUGGAAACUAGCAAUACAGUUGAAGGGCCUUCACAUGCCUCUGACUCGACUGCUUCAAAACGUGAUAUUGACGAACAAGCCCUUAACUCUACCCCAAAAGUUGAAGAACCUGACGUGGGGUCAAAAGAACAAGUCAAAGAAUCUGUUGACCAAAAUCAAGAUAGCACCGUCCCGGAUGUGACUGUAAGUAAUAUUGAUGGAUCAGUUUCCACUUCAGAUGCUGAUGUGGGAUCUUCUCUUGAUGAUAAGAAAGAAGAUCAAAUAAACAAGUUCGAUGUUGACCAAGUCAAUAGUGGAGAAUCUGUUUCGGUUUCUGUUUCUGUUCCAGAGACUUCACCUUUGACUUUAGAAGUGGAGGCUACAGGCUCGAUUUCUCCUUCAUCUUUUAGUGGUAAGGUCAAGGGUAAUACAGGAGCUAAAGGCAAGAAGAAAAUAAAAGAAAUCUUGAAAAACGCUGAUGCUCGUGGGACAAUUUCUGAUCUUUAUAAUGCUUAUAAACGCCCGGAGGAAAAGAAAGAGACUUCAUCUGCUACCGAAGUUGUUGAAAACCCAAAUCCGCCUGUUACCGAAAAAGACACUGUUUUGUCACAUGGGCCCACCAAAGUUGAGCCAGAUGAUUGGGAAGACGCUGCAGAUCUUUCUGCUCCCAAAAUGGAAACAGAUUUGAAGCAGAAACAUCACAGUGAGGUUGACAAUGACGGAAUGACAAAAAAGUAUUCCAGAGACUUCCUACUGAAAUUCUCGGAUCACUGUACGGAUCUUCCGGAAGGUUUUGUGAUUACACCCGAUAUAAACGAAGUGUUUGUAGCUACAGGUGGCAAUGCGGCUCGUGAAUCAUACCCGAGCCCGGGUAGAGGCGGUGGUGAUAGGUCAGGUGGGCCACGGCUCGACCGGCGGCCAAGUAAUGUAGGUUUUGACGAUAAAUGGAGUAAAGUGUCAGGAGGACCCAUGGGUCCCGGAUGGGACCCCAUGGGCUACCCUACAAGAGGGAACCAUGGUGUGUUGAGGACCCCACGUGGUCAGCCACCUGGUCAGUACCCUGGUGGCAUUCUGUCUGGACCAAUGCAGUCCCCUGGCCCACAGAUGCAACGUAAUAAUUCGGAUGCAGACAGGUGGCAGCGCGCUACUGGUUAUCAAAAGGGGUUAAUGCCUUCUCCUCACACACCAAUGAUGCAUAAAGCUGAAAGGAAGUAUGAAGUUGGUAAAGUAACCGAUGAGGAACAAGCAAAGCAGAGACGAUUGAAAGGUAUUCUAAACAAGUUGACCCCACAAAACUUUGAAAAACUGUUUGACCAAGUCAAAGAAGUUAAUAUCGACAAUGCUGAUACUCUGUCGGGUGUGAUUGGUCAAAUAUUUGAUAAGGCUUUAAUGGAACCGACUUUUGUUGAGAUGUAUGCCAACUUUUGCUCCCGUUUAGCCGUGGAGUUACCUGGUUUUGGUGAAGAAAACGAGAAGAUUACUUUUAAGAGAUUAUUAUUGAACAAAUGUCAAGAGGAAUUUGAAAGAGGGGAGAGAGAAGAAGAAGAAGCGAAUCGAACAGAAGAAGAAGGUGAAAUGAAGCAGAGUGAAGAGGAACGUGAAGAGAAACGGGUCAAGGCUCGAAGACGCAUGUUGGGUAAUAUAAGACUUAUCGGUGAAUUAUACAAGAAAAGAAUGUUGACUGAAAGAAUAAUGCAUGAAUGCAUAAAGAAACUGUUAGGGAUUAAUCAGAAUCAGAACCCUAACCUUGAUGAGGAAAACAUCGAGGCGUUGUGCAAAUUAAUGAGUACAAUUGGGGAGAUGAUUGAUCAUUCAAAAGCUAAAGAACACAUGGAUUAUUAUUUCGACUUGAUGUUAAAGUUGUCGAAUAACAUGACACUUUCUUCACGAGUGAGGUUCAUGUUAAAAGACGCAAUUGACCUUAGAAAAAAUAAGUGGCAGCAAAGAAGGAAGGUUGAAGGUCCAAAAAAGAUUGAAGAGGUGCAUCGGGAUGCCGCUAAUGAACUUAAAGCCCAGGCUAGCAGACUGGCUCGUGGGCCCAACUCUAACCCGUCACUUAGGAGGGGAGGUCAGCCCAUGGACUUUGGCUCAAAAGGGUCAGCAGGUGUUAUACCUUCAAACCCUCAAAUGAGUGGUGGUUUUCGUGGAUUACCCCAACAACAGAUGCGCGGUUUUGGCAAUCAAGAUUCAAGAUUCGACUCAUAUGAGAACAAGACUUUGUCGGUUCCAUUGAGACCCAUGGGUAAUGACUCUAUAACCCUUGGGCCACAAGGUGGUCUAGCCAGGGGGAUGUCGGCCAGGGGUCACUCUUCUAUGCAAGGCAUUCCUGGUCCUAAUAACGGUUAUGGUAGUUCCAUGAUGCCAGACAGAGGGAGUUAUGGUCCACGUGAUGAUCUUGUCCCAAGACAUACACCGGAAAGGUUUUCCCCCCGACCCGGUUAUGACCCGUCGAAUAUACAGGAACACAACAACAUGAACAAUGUAAACCGACACGGCUUUGACCGAGUUCGACCAUCCACACCACCUGAACGGGCUCGCGUGCCUACUCCCCCACAAAGUGGCUCUUCAGAUAAGCCCGUCUUGUCUGAAGAUCGUUUACAUGACAUGUCCGUUGAGGCCAUUAAAGAAUUUUACAGCGCAAGAGACGAAAAAGAAGUUGCUUUGUGCAUCAAAGAUCUUAACGCGCCCGGAUUUUAUCCGUCAAUGAUAUCGAUUUGGGUCACUGAUUCUUUCGAGAGGAAAGAUAUGGAUCGGGAUUCACUUGCUAAACUUCUCGUAAAUCUUACGAAAUCUCAAGAAGGCAUCCUAACUCAAGACUCCCUUGUUAGAGGAUUCGAAUCCGUUUUAUCAACAUUGGAGGACGCGGUGAACGAUGCACCAAAAGCCGCCGAGUUUCUAGGUCGUAUGUUUGCAAGAAUGCUUAUAGAAAACGUGAUCCCAUAUAAACAAGUUUCACGUUUAAUAUAUGAAGGCGGGGAGGAACAAGGACAGCUAGUCGAAACAGGUCUUGCAGCCGAGGUUCUUGGAGUCAUUCUAGAGAUCAUCAAAUCAGAAAAAGGCGACCCGUUUUUGAAUGAUUUAUGCGCGUCUUCUAACAUUCGAUUAGAGAGUUUCCGUUCACCGUCUUCUAAAAGAACAUCAAGGUUAGAUAAGUUUAUUUAGAUCAUAAGAGUGAAGAUGCUCGUUUUUUUGUCUUUGCAAGGGUACAUUUUUCGCGGGUUGAGUAGCAGUUGGUAUAUAUCUUUCAUGAUUAUAUAUAUAUCAACUCAAAAAAGAUUUUAAAUGUUGUCCUUGAGGGUCUCAAUGAGCAUCUACAUUUUGACUUUCUGAUCUCAUCUUUUAUACUUCAACAUGUAUUUACCAAGUUUUUUUGGUCAUACUUUUGUGUGCAUUAUAUUUGAACAAUUGCUAUAUCUUUUUUACA